GACCCGCGCGGCGCCCACGUGACUGGCGUCGCACCCGGUGAGCGUCACGUGACGGACUCAGCUUUCCUCCAAUCGUUGUGCAUGUUGUGGAGAUUCCACCCAGGACCCGGCCCGAGAUUUAAAACACCCGAUUCUCCCUGCCAGCAAACGGGCCGUCCUCCCGCUCCCAGCUGGGCAGUGGGGUCUUUCAAAGGUCCUACUCUGGAGUGGCACCAGGAAGCCCGGGCCUAGAACGCGCUUGGUCCCGGAAGUGACGUCUCCCAGAGGGGCCGGAAGUGGCAGUGGAGGGAGGGAAGAUGGCGGAGGUGGGGGAGAUAACCGAAGGCUGCCGCCUGCCGGUGCUGCGGCGGAACCAGGACAACGAAGAUGAGUGGCCCCUGGCCGAGAUCCUGAGCGUGAAGGACAUCAGUGGCAGGAAGCAUUUCUACGUUCAUUACAUUGACUUCAACAAACGCCUGGAUGAAUGGGUGACCCACGAACGGCUGGACCUGAAGAAGAUUCAGUUCCCUAAGAAAGAGGCCAAGACCCCCACCAAGAACGGACUUCCUGGGUCCCGCCCUGGCUCUCCAGAGAGAGAGGUGCCGGCCUCCGCGCAGGCCAGCGGGAAGACCUUGCCAAUCCCGGUCCAGAUCACACUCCGCUUCAACCUGCCCAAGGAGCGGGAGGCCAUUCCCGGUGGUGAGCCCGACCAGCCGCUCUCCUCCAGCUCCUGUCUGCAGCCCAACCACCGCUCAACGAAACGGAAGGUGGAGGUGGUUUCACCAGCAACUCCAGUGCCCAGCGAGACAGCCCCAGCCUCAGUUUUUCCUCAGAAUGGAUCAGCCCGCAGGGCAGUGGCAGCUCAGCCGGGACGGAAGCGAAAAUCAAAUUGCUUGGGCACUGAUGAGGACUCCCAGGACAGCUCAGAUGGAAUACCAUCAGCUCCGCGCAUGACCGGGAGCCUGGUGUCUGACCGGAGCCACGACGACAUCGUCACCCGGAUGAAGAACAUUGAGUGCAUCGAGCUGGGCCGGCACCGCCUCAAGCCGUGGUACUUUUCCCCGUACCCACAGGAGCUCACCACACUGCCAGUCCUCUAUCUCUGCGAGUUCUGCCUCAAGUAUGGCCGUAGCCUCAAGUGUCUGCAGCGUCACUUGACCAAGUGUGACCUGCGACAUCCUCCAGGCAACGAGAUUUACCGCAAAGGCACCAUCUCCUUCUUUGAGAUUGAUGGACGGAAGAAUAAGAGUUAUUCCCAGAACCUGUGUCUUCUGGCCAAGUGCUUCCUCGACCACAAGACCUUGUACUACGACACAGACCCUUUCCUCUUCUACGUCAUGACGGAGUACGACUGCAAGGGCUUCCACAUUGUGGGCUACUUCUCCAAGGAAAAGGAAUCGACAGAAGACUACAACGUGGCCUGCAUCCUGACCCUGCCCCCCUACCAGCGCCGGGGCUACGGCAAGCUGCUGAUUGAAUUCAGUGAGUACUUGCGCUCAUGGCCAGGGGCUGGGGCGCCAGUGCUCCCAUCGCAUAUGCUGCCUCGCUGUGAUUCUCAGCCCAGUCACCUUGGCCAGAAAUCAAGAUGGGACUCUUCCAAGAUGCUUUCAUUCUCAGGUUGACUGCCCUGCUUGUAUUAGGUUCUCAGCCCCUCACUGUUCCUUGACCAAGGUUCUAAGCAUCACCCAACUUUCCCCAGAUUUGACUCAUAUCCUGCCCAGGGCCAUGAGCUAAAGCCGAGUGAGCCGCUGUUGCUCAUCCCUCUGCUACUGUAUUGUCAUGUAAGUUCCUGGAUGAGGACCAGUUGUUUCCUGAGCUUGGUAGACAGAUGUUCAAAAUGCUGUUAAUUCAGCAAAGAGAUGGAAACACUGACUUGCAUGGUUAUGGCCCAUAUUCUUCGUUUUCUAUCAGGUCAGUCUCUUAAAGCCCAGAAGGGACUCUGCCCCUCAUCCUUCAUGAGCUCGCCAGUGUCCCCUCCAAUCCCAAGUCUCCCUUCUGCUUCCCAGCCUCCCUCUCCCGUUCUGUUCAACUCACCAUUCACUGAGAUAACCGAGCUGAGCGGGAAGACGGGGAGGGAGCCUUCGCUGUUUGGGAAAGACAGAGGCUGGACUUGACCAGGUCACGGCCCACUUGAGAAAUGUUAUUGGUAGAACGAUGCUGCGACGGCCUCACAUCUUCAGAAAGCCCUCAGCCUGGUAAAGCAGGUGAUGCUGAACAAAGUCCUGGAGGUCAGACCUCAAUGGAGAGGGGGUGCAGGCAGGGCUACCAAGGACGUGUGCUCAGUUUGGCAGACAAGGUGGGAGGGUGUUAGGAGGGGCACUGAUGCGGGGCUAGGCGUUCCCUACAGCUGAGGAGGCCAGUGGUGUCCAGUUGACCGGUCAGGACUUUACACGCACCAUGACCCAGCAAGGUUAGGUAGGAACCCAGUGUGUUCCAUCCUCUUCCGUGCUUCCUCUCUCCAAAGCACGAUCCUCUGUCCUCAACACUGGCUUUCUCGGUGGAAGUCAUGAGGUUGGGCAAGAGGGCCAGACCG